AAGGGGGGAAGUACCACACAGGGAAGUGUGAAAUCAGUAGUUCUGAGAAGGAGGCCUUCUGGCUUGGGAUGGCUGGAGGGAAGAAUAACUGUGGGUGACCAGCCUGGAGAAGAAGGCCUGACUCAGGAGGGCCUGCAUGCAGAACAGAGAGUUAGUCCUCAUUCUCAGGGCCACGGGAGGCCACAGAAGGAUUUUAAGCUAGAUUGAUGGGGACAGAUCGCAGCAAGGCAGGCUGGGAUGCAGGGAGGCCAGUGAGAUCCAGCAAGAAGGAUGUGGCUUGUGUGGGGGCUCUUGUCGCCAUGUGUUAGCCAACCAUGUGCAUGUGAAAGAGGCUGACUUACAAGAAUCUGCUCCCGAAAGCCCAGUGAGGCCCAGGGCCAACUUCCACUUUAUUCUGGAUGUUUUCACUUUUGGGGCAUCCUGUUCUGAGUCAAGAUUCCUCCUUCUGAACAUGGGACUUCCCAGAAGGACCACAGCUCCUCCCGUGCACCCACUCAGCCCGGGAGGUUCUGGAUUUUGGUUGUUGAAGGAGUUUACCUGCCUCACCAGAGAAGGAUGGCCAUGAGGCCCCUGUGGAGUCUGCUUCUCUGGGAAGCCCUACUUCCCAUUACAGUUACUGGUGCCCAAGUGCUGAGCAAAGUCGGGGGCUCGGUGCUGCUGGUGGCAGCACGCCCUCCCGGCUUCCAAGUCCGUGAGGCUAUCUGGCGAUCUCUCUGGCCUUCAGAGGAGCUCCUGGCCACAUUUUUUCGAGGCUCCCUGGAGACUCUGUACCACUCCCGCUUCCUGGGCCGAGCCCAGCUACACAGCAACCUCAGCCUGGAGCUCGGGCCACUGGAGUCUGGAGACAGCGGCAACUUCUCCGUGUUGAUGGUGGACAUAAGGGGCCAGACCUGGACCCAGACCCUCCAGCUAAAAGUGUACGAUGCAGUGCCCAGGCCCGUGGUACAAGUGUUCAUUGCUGUAGGAGGGGAUGCUCAGCCCCCCAAAACCUGCCAGGUUUUCUUGUCCUGUUGGGCCCCCAACAUCAGUGAAAUAACCUAUAGCUGGCGACGGGAGACAACCAUGGACUUUGGUAUGGAACCACACAGCCUCUUCACAGACGGACAGCUGCUGAGCGUAUCCCUGGGACCAGGAGACAGAGGUGUGGCCUAUUCCUGCAUUGUCUCCAACCCUGUCAGCUGGGACUUGGCCACAGUCACGCCCUGGGACAGCUGCCAUCAUGAAGCAGCACCAGGGAAGGCCUCCUACAAAGAUGUGCUGCUGGUGGUGGUACCUGUCUCGCUGCUCCUGAUGCUGGUUACUCUCUUCUCUGCCUGGCACUGGGGCCCCUGCUCAGGUAGGAAUCCUGCAGGUGCAGGAGGUAGGUGGAGGAGGUGGAGUUCCUGGGGGGGAGGGGGUCUUGGACCUCCUCCUAUUUAGGCUUCAGAUGGUCUGCCCCUUCUUACCUCUCCCACCUCAUCUCUUGGCCUUCUCUAGCUCAUAUCUUGGUUUCCAACCAGACUCAACUACUUGAAUUUUCUUUUGCGGUUCUCCAAAUGAACUGUUCCCUCACAUCCAUCUGCAGACCUUUGUACAUAAUAUUCCCUCUGCCUGGAACACACUUUCCAUGAUUUCCCACCCAGCCUCCCCGCUUCAUGUGGCUGACUCAUACUCAGUCUUCAAGGUGUGCUUGCUCCAGAAAGCCUUCCCUGACCUCCCCCACACUCAGGCUGAUUAAUGUCCUUUCUUUAAUCUCCAUUGCUUACCCCAAUCAGAGAACUACUUACAUUUACUUCCCCACUGAAUUCUGAGCCCUUAAAAGGAGGAUGCUGGGUCACCACUGGGCAUGUCAAUGGUUCCUAGAACACAAGGGUUCCUGAAACAUAGCUGGCAUCGACAAACAUUGUUGAGUGGGAGUCUAGACGACUCCCAACCCCUUCUUGCCUGAGAGUUCUACAAAAUGUCUCCUUAAGAGAAGCUACUCCCUGGCCAGUGGCUGAUAGGGCUGCCUUCUUGAGAAGAGGAAGGAAGAGGAAACUCCGAGAUCAGACCAGGUUCUAAGCUCUACAUCCAGCUCAGUCCCUUCCUCUGCCCCAGGAUGCCCUGCCCCUGAAAGAACUACCCGACUGACCAGGGCUCCGUGGUCAUUUCCAUCCCAGGCUGUCGGAACUGGCUUGUCCCAAGGUGGAGAAAGGGGGUCAGCAAGGAGGAGGCACUGAGGCCUCAUUAUGAUGGGUGUGUCCUAGAAGGCAGGGUCUGGGUCCAGCCUGUAAGCAUGGGGACAGGCAGUGCUGAUUCCUGUUCAUUCUCUCCAGCAGGGAGGAGGGCAAGAGGGAUCAGCUGAGGCUGCACUCCAUCUGAAAGCCCCAUCUGCUGUGGGAGGGUGUGGCCCUGGCCCCUGCCCCAAGAGUCCCCAGGAUUUGUGAUAAGAAAAUGGAAGCCAGGAAUGAGCAGGGGAAAAAAUAGCUUUAUUGAGAUAUAAUUCACAUAGCAUACAAGUCACCUAUUUAAAGUAUGCAAUUCAAUGCCUUUUAGUGUAUUCGCAGACUUGUGCAUCCAUCCCCACAACCAAUUUUAAAACAGUUCCAUUACCUCCCCCAAAACCCCAUAACCCCUUAGCCAUCACCUCCCAAUUCCCCCAUUCCUCCCAUAGCACUAGUCUACUUUCUGCCUCUAUGCUUUUGUCUUUCCUGGACAUUUCAUAUAAAUAAAACUAUACACUAUGUGGCCCUUUGGCCAGGUUUUUUUCACCUAGUGUCAUGUCCUCAAGGCUCAUAAAAUAGCAUCUUUGGCCGCUGAGAAGGGACCCAACCACCUAGGAUAGUAGAAAGCUCCACGCAGGGAGUCCAGAAGCUGGUUCUGGCUCUGCCUCAUGGCUUCUGUCCAGUUAUUUAACUGGGUCCACCACAGCCCUAACUUUCCAUACCUUCUGCAAUUAAACGUAUGGCAUAGUUGCAGGCCAAGGUUAGACAUUAGGAAGAAUUUCCUAUUCUUGAAGCGCCUCCCUUUCCAGGGUGUUGGAAGACCGGGAGAAGUGUUCCUUUCCCUAAGGUGACCUUGGGCUAACACACUGAGGAUUCAGAGGCCUGCGGGCAGGCCAAGGAUGCCAAGACUCCAAACAUUGGAGGGGUAACUUUCUUUCUGAUGUCCUUACCAGGGAAAAAGAAAAAGGAUGUCCGUGCUGAUAGGGUGGGUCCAGAGACAGAGAACCCCCUUGUGCAGGAUCUGCCAUAAAGGACAAUAUGAACUGAUGCCUGGACCAUCAGUAACCGCACUGCACAGGCACGCGAUGUUCGGGGACAUAACUGGUGCCUGGAAAUCACCAUACUCCUUAUACCUCCCAUGGGAAUCCUGUCCUGCCUCGAAGGAGCAACCUGGGCAGCCAUCACACCACGAGGACAGAAAGCACCAGCACAUUUCGCACCUCCCCCUUCUCUCUCCCAUCUUCUCAUAUCCUGGCUCUUCUCUGGGCAAGAUGAGCCAAGCAGCACAUUCCCUCCAGGACACUGGAAGUUCUCCAGGAUCCAGAUCCAUGGGGACAUUAAUAGUUCAAGGCAUUCCCUCCCCCACCACUAUUCAUAAAGUAUUAACCAACUGGCACUAAAGAAUUGCCUCCAGCCUGAGUCUUAGGCUCUAAAAUAUAUUAGAUAUUUGAACUGAUAGAGGAACUCUGAGUCACCCAUGCUAGCAUCAGCUUCAGCCCCAGACCCUGCAGUUUGAGAUUCUGAUGCUUCCUGAUGGCCAAAACAUUGCUGUAAGAAAAGGUCUAGAAACAGGUGAAAGUGAGAGGUGGCGGACAGGCGUUUCUCUUUCUGGCUUAAGGACUUUCAGGUAAUCAGAGUUCAUGGCCCCUCAGAGGUAAAUUGCAGUUGUAGACACCAAGGAUGUUUGACAACCCAUAGUUGAAAUGGGCACCGUUUUACAGGAAACACCAUAUUAAUAGACAUCCUCACCAUCUCCCUCCACUCUCACGCCUCCUGCAGGAUCUGGGAGUGAGGGUGGAGAGUCUUACCUCACGCUCCAGCACAGUGACCAGGAAAAAACUAUUGAAUUUGCCCCAGCCAGCAGGACGUUCUUGCACAACUUCAAGAAAAGCAGCUCAGCUCAGGAUGAGUCUUCUUCCCUGAAACUGAGAGAGUGAAGAGCUAUAAAACGCUAUGCAGAAUUAACAUUAUGGACAGAAAGGGUACUGAGGCACUCUAGAAUCUGCCACAUUCACUUUCAAUGCAAAUGCAGACCUACCUUAGUUCAAGGGGAGGGGACAAAGACCCCACCACCAAACAGGUGGACUGUAGAGGUCACUCUGACUCCAUCGAACUUCUUAUUGUGGCCAUCUUAGGAAAAUACAUUCUGCCCCUGAGUGAUUCUGUCUAGAAGAGCUCUGGAGUAUUGAUUGCUACUGGAAAAACACUUAAUGAGCUAAACUUAGCCUUGGGGAUUAUUAGCCGUUAAGGUUCACAGUUUCUCUCACCCAGGUGUAACUGGAUUUUUUUCUGGGGCCUCACUCAAGUCUUGAUAACAGAGAGGAAGGAGGUAUUGAAGAAACAGGGGUGGGUUUGAAGUACUGUUUUCCCAGGGUGACUUCAGUCUCCCCACCUAGGAUGUCAGUCCUGUCCAAGGACCUUCCCUCUUGUCCCCAGUUCCCGGGCAAUCACUUCACCUUGGACAAAGGACCAGCACAGCUGGCCUCCGGAUCCACACCACCACUCCUCCACUCGAUUGUUCCCAGAUCCUCCCUGCCUGGCCUGCUCAGACGUUCCCUGCUGGUAACCUGGCUUUAUCAAAAUCUCAUCCCUUUCCCACAUGCACUUCUCUCCUAUCACCUUCCCCCAAGAUUACCUGAACAGGGUCCAUGGCCACUCAACCUGUCAGCUUGUGCUGUCCCCACCUGCCACCUACAGUCAUGCCAUAUGCCUGGUCACUGAAUCAUGCAAAACUGGCCUCGGCCCCUAAAAAUGAGUGAAAAGGAAAGCCCAGGAUCUGACAAGGAGCCCUGGUGGGUUUCUGGGGAAAAACACAGCACUCCCCACCUUUCUUCUGUUCAUCUCCAGGGCCCCACCUCAGAUCAAAGCAGCUCUGGAUGAGAUGGGACCCACAGCUCUCCCUCCACAAGGUGACUUUUAGCAACCUCAUUUCCACAGUGGUUUGUACUGUGGUGCACCAGGGCCUUGCUGAGCAGAUCCACACUGCUCAAAUAAAGUUCCCAUCCUCAAUGACUCACUUGUCAACUAGUGGACUAAUGAACCCUCUGCCAAAAAAACACAAAGUGCUUCCGUGAGACCAAUCUUGUGCUAAUAAGCGUUGAGACUGAUGCUUAAAAAGUCACACCACAACAAAUACUGAUUGAGGGUGCUGCAUGUGCUGGGUACAUUUCUUGGUACUUGGGAAUCAGUAGUGAAGCAAAACCCUUGCCUUUGAGAGUUUAUGUUCUGGAUAAUAUAAAUAAACAAGUAAGCAUAUGUCA